AUAUAAAAGCAGAGUUAUUCAAAGAUUGACACAAAUUAUUGCAAUCUAAAAAAUCAGUCAGAGAAGAGAAAUGGCUCAGCUCGAACGCCCCCAGAGGCAAGUUGAUGCCUCUUUAAAAACUCCAACCAUUAAUACCACGGAACAGCUCCUCAGAGGAGAAGGUUCACACUCAGCUCCAAACUCAAAGUCUAAGCUGUCACCAACCUGCUCCCCCUCCUCCUCCGCCAUUUCCUCCUCGCCAUCCUCCCCUUUCUUCAGCAGGUUGAGGCACCGUGAUACAGAAGAAGACAAUAGCCAGAAUCAGAAAAAAUCAGUCCUCACCAAAGUGAAGGAGAAGGCCAAGAAACUACGCCACAGCCUCAGCAAGAAAAAACAAGAGGAUGGGAACGCUAAUAGCCCCACAUCAGGUGCUAUCUUAGAAGGUGAUGGUGCAGAAGAAGAUGCUGAAUACCGUGGAGCCCCAGUGUAUGAAUCAGAGAAGGCACCUGCAGGAUACAAGGAAAAUGGUACACUCCAUUCAAGAGCUACCUCUGCAGUCCCUGAGAAGCAUGUUAUGUCAAACUAUGACAAACAAAAUCGAGAAAAGUCACUAGGUCAUUCCCAGUCCAUGAGAACAACACAACCUAAAACAACAACUUCAAAGGCUGCUGCUGCUGCUACUACUACACUUCCGGAUCGAAACAAGACAACGGCAAAAAACGUAGCUGAGAAACUGAAACCAGCUCAUUUUGAAGGAUCAGAUGCAGCUAAGGCUUUAACAUCCAAACUUCAAGACCUUACUGUUUCCAAAUCUGCAGAACAUCACACUUCAUCUUCACUAACUGCUGCACCUCUAAUAACUCAUCACUUUUCUUCGUCAAUUGGUACUGCUGCUCCGCGUACCCCUCCUGCAAAGUUGCCCUCCCAAACUUCUUCAAUUUCAACUCGAACUUCAUCGCCUUCGGCAGCUGCAGCUGCACCACCUCCAUCCCCCUCGUCUGCUCCGCCAAUCGGAAAGAGCACCAGUCCCACCAGCUCGCAAUUAUGGGACAAGGGUGUUUCCAUGAAAGAGUAUUUUUUGAACAAGUUUGAGCCAGGGGAAGAUGACAAGGCUCUGUCUAAGGUGAUAUCUGAAGCAAUGAGUCCUAAGAGAACUCCUGGUGAUGCAGGUGUGAUGGAGAAGGUUAGAGAAGCUGUUACUUCUUUGCUCCGAAAUGAGCAACCAAACAAGUAUGUAGACGCAAACACGACAAUUACCAGUUCAUCUCAAACCCCAGCAUCUUCCACUGCAACUCGAGCUUCAUCUCAACUUCCAGUAUCUUCCAAUGCUCAAGAAGUGGCUCAGGAAGAAAACCAUGGCAGAAUUCUUCAGGCAAAUUGAAAGUCUCCAUGAUGUGUUUUCUGCAAUUUGUACUAUUGUGUAUGUAUUCAUCUUUUGUUCAACCCUUUUUUGUAUGUACCUGAGAAUUAGGCUGGAAGAUAAUUUCCCUUGUAUUUGUAAAAUUCCAUUUGUAUGUAAUAAAGGGUGUUCUGGGUG